AUGCCCCCUCCUUAUCCUUUAAUUGAGUUUUUGCUUGCUCAUACUGGAUUUGCUGAUGUUGCAAAAUUACGACACUUUAAAAUUGAUCAUCAUCUAGUGAUUGCACUUGUUGAGCAAUGGAGACCAGAGACUCACACUUUUCAUCUUUCUGUUAGAGAAUGCACAAUUACACUGGAGGAUGUAGCACUACAGCUUGGUAUAAUGGUGGACGGUAGGUCAGUCACUGCUGAAACAUACUAUGAUUGGGAGGAAAUGUGUGAACAAUAUUUGGGUGUGGUUCCGCCAAAUGGAGAAGCAAUAGUAGGCUAUGCCAUUAAGCUUAAGUGGUUGCAAGAUAAUAUGUCGUGGCUUCCCGCAGAACCAACACAACAACAGUUAGAAACAUAUUGUAGAGCUUACAUUUUGCGGCUAAUUGGUAGGGUUUUAAUGCUAGACAAGACGGGAAAUCAAGUUCAUUUUAUGUACCUCAGUGUGUUGGCUCAUCUCGAACGAGUCAAGCACUAUAGUUGGGGCUAUGCUUGUCUAGCAACAUUGUAUAGGGAAAUGUGUAGGGCCACUAACCCUGAUACCAAAACCAUGGGCGAUUGUGUGUCAUUAUUGCAAUUGGGCAUGGUAUUGCAUGCCCUUCAUUACAGCAAGAGCUAA